AUGGUAGAGAGACUUGCUGAUAUCGAUGUCCUCAACGACGAGAUUCUUCUGCACAUCUUUUCCUUUGUUGGCGGGAGAUUGACACCAUCACAGCGGCUAUCAGUAUCUGGAGAAUCCGGUUCCAGUACCGGCAAGAGGAAGAAAACUGAGUGUGUUGAGUUCGUCGAAGAGGAGGUAUCAGAAGAGGAGGCGGCCAAAAUCAUAUCAGAGAAGCAAAUCAAGAAAAAAGAUGAUAAAGGCUUCCCUCUACUAGAAGCUUGCCGCUACUACACCCAGAUUGCCUCCGUUUGUCGGUCCUGGAAGAAGUUAAUGGACGCAUUCUUGGGCCAGCUUGUAACUCCCGUGCAUGUGCAGCUGAAAUUCUCGGGGAAUGAAAUACAAAGACAGGCAAAGGUGGAAUCCUGCAUAUCAUGGAUUUGUCAGCGCAAGCUGAGCAUCCGAUCUCUAGUUGGGGUUGGACAGUGUGCUGGGCUUCUACCUCAGGCUGGCAAUGUCACCAAGGAAUCACCUGAUGGAGUAUCUAAUCUACUUCGUCUUUUGAACGAGUGCGAUACAUCGAAUUUGAAGGAGCUACAAAUUCUCGUGUUUUACAACGGAGCGGGCUUUCACAGGGAGGAGGGUCAGGCUUUUCACAUAUUAUCACCACGAGACUUUCUCGACCAAUUGGCAAGACAGUGCCCAAAUUUGACAAUUGCCGAGCUGCACCUGUACUUGGAUCUACGCAGAGCUUCAAUCGACGACCCAGCCUUAAUCAGCUCUGAUUUCUUCUCCCUUGCAUCUAUUGAAACGCUUCGAAUCUGCAUUGCCAGUGUCAAUCCCAGCUGUCGACUUGAUGGGCUGCUCUUUAGCCAGAUGGUGCGCAACUUGGGAAAUCUACAAUUUCUCUUUUUGGAGUCAGUGAACGCGCAUCUAGGCGACGAAGUCUAUCAUAUCCAAUCAGCUUCUUUGCAGCAGAUACUGGUUGAAGGGUUCACCAAACAUAUCAACCUCUCUCUGGACUGCCCAAACCUGCAAGUGUACCGUUGCAAGGGAUUUGUGAGUCACAACGAGCCCCGGCAAGUGGCACUACAGCAAAGAGUUGUCCGUGCCGAAAACAUCCCCGAAUCCUGUUUGGGUCUAGUGCAACAUGUCUGCAAUCCCAACGGGCUGCCUAUUGGUUUUAGCUUCCAUAGUUUGCUUGGUCCCCAGGUGCAGCUUUUACCGCUUCGGAGACAUCAUCAUGCCUAA